CCCCCCUAAAAAAAAAAGAAAACUAUUUUUUGCGUUCGAAAACAUUAGAAAAAAAAAAAAACUUUAACCAACACACACAUCUGUUUUAUUUCCUCUUUCUCUUUUAUCGUGAGUGGCGGAGCCGUUGGACAACAAGUCACGCGGCACUCACGUUGACUGAAUAAAUUAUUGAGUGGGGAAUCUAGCGUCCGAAUUGUGGCAAAAUCAAGGGGAUUUUUCUUUUCUUUUUUCUUUGGGUUUUCAUUAUUCGUGUGUGCGUGUGUUGUCGUAUGCGUUUUAAGUGCGCGUACGUGUUUGUGUGUGUGUGUGUGUACGUACAACACCGGUGAAUAUAUAGAACCGUACGUGAGUUGGUGAGAGCGCACGAUAGGUGCUGCUGCUGCACAUUCGUAGGCUGGCCGAGCGCGCUGUUGCUAAGCGGAUUGUAUGUAUGUGUAUAUAUAUAUAUAUACGUGAGUGUGUGUGUGUGUAUACGUGUGUGUUUGUGUGUGUGCCGAGGCACUGUGUUAACCGGGGCCCUUGGCAACUGCGUGAAAGAAAGUGUGCCGGUAAGCCCUGCAGGCAUAAAGCGAGUGAAAUCAAAUGAUAGUCUACUAUAUACACUGUGCGGCAAUCAUCUGUGUUUUUUUUUUUUUUUUAUUUUUAAUGUCAGUGCCUGACGUUGCCUUUGUUUCGCGCGGCAACAAGUCGGAAAGAUAAUCGCGUUGAACUUUGCGCUGGCCGUGGAAAUAAAAAAAGAAAACGAAAAAAAAAGGGAAAAUUAUUUAGGCGAGAGUGUUUUCUAGCAGCGGUGGCGGCAGCAGUCAAGUCACUGUUGCUAUGUCAAUAGCGGCGUUGAGCUGUUCCAGCCAGCUCGGCCGCUUCAGUCACGGAGCGGUGGGACGAGCUGGAACGGCUGGAGCCUCUUUGGCAACGCUGACAUUGGCCCUAGAAAUGGACGAUCAUUGUUUGAAUCGCGGCUCGUCGUCGCCCUUUGUCUCGGAGAUCACGCGCUAUAAACUCGCCUUACUGCAGCAGCACGGCGGCGCUGCUGUAGCCGCGGCCGGACAGCACGCCUUCGAUGCCAGAUUGGCCGAUGAGAAUAAUUACUUGAAAUCGGCUUCCGGCAGCGGAGUCCAAUCUUUAGCCGUCUCGUCAACGGCUGGCGUGGCCAGUGGCGCCUCUGGUGGCCAAUCGUUUGAAAAUGGCGCCUCGUCCGGCCGACCGAGAUCGGCCAGCUUGUCUUUGGUGUCGAGGCACUCUUCGCCCUCGCACCACCCCACCCAUUCGCAUCCGCCUACUCCGCCCGUCGAAUCGGCGCCCGUCUUGCUGGCCCGCGUCAAAAUCGCCGCUGCGCCGUCCCCUUACAGCCGACUGUUGUGCGCUUGUUUGCCCACCUGCUGCUGUGACUGCAGUUUACUUUCGUCCAUUGCAGAAUGCCAGGCCGUGUACCAUCAGGCGUGCGCCCGCUACAUCGGCAGCGCCAGCAACGAAACGCCGGCCGGAUGCUGUCCGUCCGCCUCAUCCAUCACGACCGGCAGCAACGACGCAGCGCUCAAUGACGUUCCAUCACCGACCCUACCACAGACAGUGCCUCAGGAUGUGGCCAUCAGCCAAUGGACGUCGACACACGUGGUCGAAUGGAUGGCAGCCCUGAACCUCUACCGCUACGCGGAACUCUUCCGGUCGAAAGACAUCAAAGGCGUUGACUUGCUGAGUUUGGACAAGGACAAACUGACGAAUAUGGGGGUCAAGGAUGAGUUCCACCAGAAAGCCAUCCUCGUCUGCAUCGACGAAUUGUGUCAACGCUCAACGAGCAAAGAGUUUGAAUUAUUGGCGGCGUCGGCCAAUGGCAGCGAAGCCGAUUCGAAUUCUCACUCGGCUCUUACUCCGCCUCAUCGCAUGGUUGAGUCCAGUUUCCAAUCGCUGGAGCGCUGCGACAAGUGCCACAAAUUUCUACGCGGACUUUUACAUCAAGGACUUAUCUGCCACUCUUGUGGAUUGAUUGCCCAUCGAACUUGCUCCGCAACCGGACUGCCCGCUUGUCUGCAAGGCUUGCCCGAGCGGGCCAACCGGCUCCAUAAUCGAACAGAAACAGUUUUCGGCGUAGCAUUAUGUCGACUAUCUACUGGCAGCGAUUCGUCCUCUGUGCCGUCUGUGGUUUUGCGUUUGGUACAGGAAAUCGAGCAGCGUGCCACCACCACGCCCAGUCUCGAUCUCUAUCGUCUGUACAGGACGACCACUCCCAGUGCAGAGACCAUAUCGCAGUUAUGCCUUCAAUUGAGCACCGAUUCCGACGGUGAUUUGUCGGCAUUCGAACCGCACGUCUUGGCCAGCGGAUUGAAAAAAUUGUUACGUGAAUUGCCGGAUCCACUCAUUCCGUCGCAGUGGUACGACGCCAUCAUCGAAGCAUCGCGGAUCAGUCGUGACGAUUAUUGCGCCGCCCAGUUGUAUCGUCUUGUUCAACAACUUCCAGACCUUCAUCGGGCCACCCUGCGUUAUCUGCUGGCUCACAUUUGCCGACUUUGCCAGUGGCAACACGGCCGAGGACGUUGUGAACCUCCUACCCUCAUUAUUCAAGUCUUUGCCCACAUCUUCCUGCGGCCGCCCUGGGAACGCAUCAUACAAAUUGUCCACAACGCAGAGGCUCACGUUCGCGUGUUGGAAUUGCUUUUACUUCGCUGCGAUUGGGGCGAAGCGAUGCCCGAAUUUGCUCCGGCGCCCACUUUGCCUCCGCGAAACCACCUGCGACCGGCGUCGCAAAACGCGCCCACCGAUGCCAACGUGACAGUUCCAAACGCCAGCGAGAUGGACCUUCGCCCCAUGAGCGAAGCCGACUGGUAUUGGGGGAACAUCACCCGCGAAGAAGUCAACGAUCUGAUGAAAGACACGCCCGACGGGACGUUUCUGGUGCGUGACGCCUCGUCCAAAGCCGGCGAGUACACGCUGACGUUGCGCAAAGGCGGAUCCAAUAAGCUCAUCAAGAUUUGCUGCAGCCGGCAGGGGCGUUACGGAUUUUCCGAACCGUACCGUUUCGGUUCCGUGCCGGAACUCAUCCAUUUUUACCGGUCCGUCUCGCUGGCCCAGUACAAUCCGACAUUGGACGUUAAAUUGCUUUAUCCAGUUUCUCGGUUUCAACACGCGGAAGAAGUGGAAGCCGGCAAUGGUGACGUGGAGAAAAUGAAACAGCGUCUGGAAGAUAUCCAUUACGAAUACUUGAACCGAUCUCGUCUGUACGAUCAGUAUCACGAUGAUUAUUCGCGCUGUUCGCAGGAGAUUCAGCUCAAGAAGCAAGCGCUGGACGCCUUUGACGAGGCCGUCGCCAUGUUCGAAGACCAGCUGCACAUGCACGAGAAGUUCCAACGCGAGGCGCAUCGUCACGAGAUCCACAGUCUGAAGGAGAACUACGAGCUGCUCAAGUCGCGCAUGAACACGCUGAAGCAAUCGCGCCAAGAGCUGCAGGAGAAUCUGCGCGUCCAGGCCGUCUUGAGUCGCAAUCUGGAUCGCGAGAUGAACGCCCUGAAACCCGAGCUGCACCAACUGUGCAAAACGAGAGAUCUCCUGCAAAUGUGGCUCUUACGUCACGGAAAGAACCCCGAAGUUCAGCCCAAUCGAAUGAGCAACGGAGAAGAAGGCGGCCCGGCCGCCCAACCGUUUAGCGUUUCUGCCUCGUCGGCUGUCGCCCAGAUGCCGCAGACGGGCAUUGAAAACAAGGCUUACGAUGGAACUGGAGACGGGCCGCCGCCGGCUCCGAUACCGGUACCGAUUCAGCAAGUUGCAGCAGCUCCGGCCGUCCAGCAUCCAACCGUGCCUUGCCAAGCGGCUGGACAAGCUCAUCCGUUGCACAUGCACGCCGACAGUCAGUACUGGCUCAUACCGGACUGCACCCGUCCGGAUGCUGAGCGUCUCUUGGCCAACAAAGCGGACGGCACGUUCUUGAUCCGUCGCAGCGCAGCCGGAAGCGCCCCUUUUGCUCUGUCGAUCGCCUAUCGCCGAGUGGACAAGGGCGUCGGUCACAUUCUCAUUCACCGGUCAGAGAGAGGGUUCGGCUUCACUGAGCCUUACCUUUUAUUCCCCACCUUAAACGACUUGGUCGUCUACUACGCCGGCCAUUCGCUCGAAGAACACAAUCCACAGCUGACCACCACGUUGGCACAUCCACUGCGCGGAGCCCAGCCCCUGGAGAUAAGCCACUAUUCUGUUUGACAGCAAUCAACUUGAAUGAUGAUAAAUAAUAAAAUGCAAGAGUUUGAAUGGAGCGCCACCGUUGCCGAUGGAAAAUCUGUGAUAAUCCUUACGUGAUUGAAUGAAGACUGGAAAGGACUCGCCGAGAAUGUCGAGUGGCGCCAUAUUUUUGUUUUUGUCGAAAUAAUUUGCUUAUGUUAAUGACGCGACAUGAAGUAGAAUAGCAAAACAGUUUGUCGCGUUCGAGUGUUGACAAACAGAAGGAAACAAGUGCCGUUGUUUUUACUAUUGUCCCUGGGAAUCGAACGCAACGCGAUCGCCGUCUUGCUUUUUGAUAUGCGAGAAGAGAUCAUAAAGAGAAAGAAAUUGUUGGACAAACGAAAGUCAGAGCUCAGUACAAAACAUAUUCAACUGGCAACCUCCAUGGGACACGAUCGGUUGUUAUGGCCGAACGCCACGCCAUCAAGGGGCGGCCUGUUAAAUGAAAAACGAGAGAAAUCCAAAACCCCACUGGUGUUCACCCUUUGUGCGCACGUUUAUUGACGACCACUAAAUUAACCCUCUUUGUAUAAAAAAAAAAAUGUUUUUUUUUUUUUUUUUUUUAAAUUUGCUCUUCAAUUUCUAUCGUCCUUCCCCAUUGGUAUUUGAAAAAUUGUGUUUUUGGCGGGAUUGCGAAGAUCCCCUCUUCCCUCAAAUGCUUUGUGAUGGUGAUUUACCCACGUUUUGUUUAUGUGUGAAUUUUUCUCCGUUAGCGGGAGGGAAAACAAAGACUCGGAUGUUGCGUGAUCGAUCUCAGCUGUAAUUGGCGAUUUUCGAAACUGGACGCUGGGAGUGAAGGUCAAAGUUUGAUGCGGCCCCUAAAAUUCUGUGUUGUACAGUUGAUAUAAGCAUGUCGAACACCUACUAUAUUAAAUAUUAUAUAUAUAUCGGUACCUUUAAUAUGCAAACCGAGUUGCGAAAGAUCCGAAAGGUUCGACUGCAAUCCUAGGUCUCGUUCGAGCUUCGGGCGAGUUGUAGUUUGACCGCAACAUUACUUUAGCGCGCCGUGCCACACGCAGUCUAAUCCAAUUUCAGUUUUUUUUUUUGUUUUUUUAUUGACCCAAAUGUCAUAAUCGGUAGGAUUCUUGUCAGAAUUGAACCCAAUGAACCGGCUAUUGUACACAACUCUCUGUGUUUGACCCACCCCCUCCCCUCCCUUAAGCACUCAUAACCUGUACAUUUGUACCAAAUCACGAGACAUUCGAUUAAUACAUGCAAGUUUGUUAUAAUCUUUGACUACGGAAGUCGUAAAAAAUGUUGAAACGAGAAACGAAAUAUACAAAAAGGAAGAAUA